UGAAACUCAUUUUGGGAAGAUGGGAAGUUAUUACAUUAAUCGGACUUUCUUCUUUGAUGUCCACCCCCCUUUGGGGAAGAUGCUGAUUGGACUUGCUGGCUACCUUAGUGGAUAUGAUGGUACAUUUCCUUUCCAAAAACCAGGGGACAGAUAUGAGCAGCACAACUACUUGGGGAUGAGAGGGUUCUGUGCAUUCCUUGGCUCCUGCCUGGUUCCCUUCGCCUACCUCACAGUGUUGGAACUGUCAAAAUCACUGCCAGCAGCCUUACUCACAGCUUUCAUCCUUAUUUUUGAUACGGGCUGUAUUACUUUGUCCCAAUAUAUUCUGCUGGACCCCAUUCUGAUGUUCUUCCUCAUGGGAGCUGUUCUGAGUAUGGUGAAAUGUAACAGCUGUGCGGAUAGGCCAUUUUCUGCCUCCUGGUGGUUCUGGCUGAGUCUGACUGGCGUGAACCUUGCUGGAGCAAUGGGGGUAAAGUUUGUUGGCCUUUUUGUAGUCCUCUUGGUUGGCCUGAACACAAUCUAUGACCUAUGGGACUUGCUGGGGAACCUUAGUCUGUCGCUGGUCAUGUUUGGGAAGCAUUUACUGGCUCGUGUGCUCUGCCUCAUCCUGCUCCCACUUGCCCUCUACACGGCUAUGUUUGCUGUUCAUUUUACAGUAUUAAAUAAAAGUGGUCCUGGGGAUGGUUUCUUCAGUUCAGCAUUUCAGUCCCAGCUGAUUGGGAACAAUCUUCAUAAUGUCUCUGUUCCAGAGCACUUGGCGUACGGGUCUGUGGUCACAAUGAAGAAUCUUCGGAUGGCAGGGGGAUACCUUCACUCCCACUGGCACCUCUACCCGGAGGGCAUUGGGGCUCGCCAGCAGCAGGUCACUGCCUACUUACAUAAAGAUUUGAAUAACCUGUGGAUUAUAAAGAAGCAUGAUUCUGAUACAGAUCUGUCAGACCCCUCGAGCCCUGUGGAGUUUGUGAGGCAUGGAGAUAUUAUUCGUCUGGAACAUAAAGA